AGCUCGAGGAAAUCAGGAUGAACCAGAGCUUCCGUACGGUGUUCUUGUUUCAGGACAAAUCGUGUUCUGGCUUCAUCGAUAUGUUCAGUGAGCGACAGCCCCGGAUGCUGCAGUUCCUAAAAGACCUGGAGGAGAACGCUGUUCAGCUAGACAGGAUGAACAUGGGGGCAAAGAUCUCCAGUGUGGCCGGCAGCUCCGUGGGGGCAGUUGGAGGUGUGCUUUCCAUCAUUGGUUUGGCAUUAAUUCCUGUAACAGCUGGUGCAUCUUUAGUGCUGAUAAUGACUGGGGCAGGGCUGGGAGUUACCAGCGGAGUUAACAGUCUUGUCACCACUGCCACAGAGAUUGGAGUAAACGUUACACAGCAGAAGAAAGCCAGUGAAAGCUUCCAGAGCUUCAUGGAGGAUAUGCAGGGUCUGCAGGAUUGUCUGAAGGUCAAGUUUAAAGAGGAAACAAGCCUGAAAGACGUGGCUGUGGGAAUAGGCAAGAUCAUUCGGAAAGCUUAUGCUAUAAAAAACAACAUUAAUUCUAUUGUUGUUGAUGCCUCUGCUUUUAAGGAGUUAAAAAAUGUCAAAGUCACAGUGCAGGAAGCAAAUGCAGUAAGUAACGUGCCCAGGGUGGCAGCAGAUAUCCCAGAUAUCGGACAGGCAGCAGUCAAAGGGUCUCUUGCCCUCUCCAAGUCAGCCAGGGCCGGGUUCAUCGGGCUCAAUGCUCUUUUCCUCGGCAUGGACAUCUUCUUCAUCUGUAAGGACAGCAUCAGUCUGGCCAAAGGCAGCGAAACUGAACUCUCUCAGUUCAUUAGAGCCAGAACUGCACUUUGGCGCUCAGAGAUGGACUCAUGGCAGAAGAUCCAUGACUUCCUGUGUGAAGGUCGGCUGACAUCGGAGGAAAACAAAGCUAUCCUGGAGACCCCAUUCUAUCCAGAGAAGCAGAUGAAGAAAGAAAAGCAGAAAUAGAAAGGCUUUUGGUGAAGUGGAUGAAAAACUAAAAAUUAAAGAGAAACAAAUUGUGUAAUACAGUAGUGCUCCAUGAACAGAAACCAUUAGCCUACUUCAUUCAUAGUGCAUUCAAUGUGCUUUUCUGCCAACUGAUUCAUGUCAAUAAAACUUUAUUAAUAUUCAAUAACUGCAAGUCCUUGAUCAGCAUCAAACAUCAUUUAAGUCUACACUUAAUGCAUUAUAUGUAUCAUUCAGUAAUUCAUCAUAUUAAGAAUAAUUGUAAUUGAAUGAUAAAAUUACUACUUUGCCAUUUCCAAUUAGCAAUGUGUGAUUUACUAUAAUCAGUGACUGUUUUAUGAAUAAGAGCAGAGCACAAUUUUCUAAUUAUUUUGUAUUAAAAUAAUGGUUUUAAGGUGCUUUUUCUGUAUAUGUAUAUACAUUGUAUAUAACAUACUGUAUACAGCUCUUUAGUCAUUGUUCUUUUUUCAGAUAAGCUUUUGUCUCAUUUCUGUUGCUGCAUUUGUGAGCUAUGGUUUUGAAAAUGCUACGAUAAAUAAAAAAGAAAUAAAUGGUAUGU